CCAGAAUACCAUGCGGUUAACCGCCGGUAGCCCCUCAUGAAACAUCCUCCGGUCGUCGGGUCCUUGUCAGACGAGCCCGGAACUGCUCAUAUCACAGGCUCACGCUGCUGUGUUGUGCAGCAGGACAAACCCAGGUAGGGUGAUUGUCAGACAUGGAGCGCAUCAUGGGAGGAGGAGUGCUUCAGAUGAUCUUAGCAAGUGCGGGACUCUUGCUUCUUUAUCGGAUACUUGUCCGCCUCAGAUCAGGAGCUGCUCUGCAGGAUGCUGUGGUGGUCAUCACAGGGGCCAGCUCUGGACUGGGGAAAGAGUGUGCACGGGUCUUUCACGCUGCAGGUGCACGGCUUGUGCUGUGUGGACGAGAUGCACGCCGCCUGCAGCAGGUGGUCCAGGAGCUUACAGCAAGUUCAACAGGCUCGCAGCGGCAGACUUACACUCCCAGCACUGUCAUCUUCGACCUGUCUGACACAAACACAGUGGAAAGAGCCGCAGAGGAGAUCCUGAAAUGUUACGGCCAAGUGGAUGUCCUCAUCAAUAACGCUGGAAUCAGUUAUCGUGGCAACAUACUGGAUACCCACCUGUCAGUUCAGCGGGAUGUUAUGGAAACAAAUUACUUUGGGCCCAUUGCUCUUACUCAAGCUCUCCUGCCCUCCAUGGUUCAACGGCGCAGUGGCCACAUCGUCGUCAUCAGCAGUGUCCAGGGCAAGAUAGCCAUUCCUUACAGAUCAGCUUAUGCAGCCUCUAAGCAUGCCACCCAGGCCUACUUCGACUGCUUACGGGCUGAGAUCGAGCGCUACGGGAUUCCAGUGACUGUGAUCAGUCCUGGGUACAUCCGAACCAGCCUGUCAGUCAAUGCUGUCACAGGAGACGGCUCUAAGUAUGGAGUUUUGGAUAAAACCACAGCAAUGGGUCGGGACCCUGGGGAUGUGGCUCAGGCUGUUCUGAAGGCUGUCCGUCAGAGGAGCAAAGACGUUAUUUUGGCAGGACCUCUGCCCCAUCUGGCCAUCUACCUUCGUACACUGUGGCCUGCGCUCUUCUUCAAACUCAUGUCCUCUCGCGCUCGCAAGGAGCAGAAACCUAAAGAUGAGUGAUGCAGCAGCUGGUGAGGACCCACGAGGCUCACAUGGACCAAAGCAUAAAACUGACUGCUUCACAUGGAGGCCAAAUGGACAGGAGGUGUGAAUACAUGCAACUCUUCAGUAACACAAAUUAGACACCUGUAUGUUGUAACAGCACCUACGAGUGUUUUCUAUUGUUUUGACCAAUGUUUGUGAUUGAACAGGUUAGCAAGACAUGUUGUUCAGCCAUUUCAGACUUUAUUUUUUAACUUUAUUUUCAAAAUCACCUUUAGAAACUGUACAUUACUAACAAGACUCAAAGCUGUACAGUAAAGACGUAAGCAUGUGAUGCUGUUUUCAAAUUGACUCUUUAACAUAAAUUUGGUUACCAAAUAAAAUGCCCAAACUGUUAUCUAUUUGUGCAAGAACUAAAGCUAAAGUGCAGGACUUUUACAUGUAAAUGAACAUACAUUUAAGCCCUUGCCAGACGAGUUCACACCAUGCAGAUUAAGCCUGUCGCCGCCAGGGAAAACUGUCUGUAUAUUCAAGUAUACUGGAGUUGGGAUGUCUUCGGUGACUCUCCAAUGGAAAGUGCUGGUGCACUGGAAGUGUUUUACAUCAACCAGCCAGAGCUGAAGGAGGCAGGAAGGGAAGGGAAGGGAGACCAUUUCAAUGGAGCAUAAGGUACAAGUAUGAAGGAAAAUCCCAAGAAGUGUCCAAGAAAAGUUUCUGAAGUAGAUGCUCCAGAAGAAAAAUAAACUAGCGUUUGUCAGAAGUAGGAGGCAUCUCCGGGGCUGAAAAAUAAAGCAAAAAUAACCAUGUUUUCAGCCUUGUACAAAAAAUGGUUUUGGUCUUUUUAGCUAAUUUAGACAUUCAUGGCAACUGUAUGGGAGAUACAUUUUUAUAUAACUCACUUGUUUACAUUUUAUUAAGGCUUAAAGUUAUGCAUAAUUAAGAGUGUGGCCGCUUUGAGUGACAGGGUGUUUGCGAGGCAUCACCACAGUCUAUGAGUCAAAUCCAACCCUCGCUUUCAUGUAAAUACUGUCAUUUCUGGCUCAAAAAAUCCAAGAUGGAACUAGCCAAAAUGCCAAACUCAAGGCUUCAAAAUGGAAGAAUCAGGGUGGCUGCGUCCAUUAUUUUUAUACAGUCUAUGAUCAUAUGCAGGCGUCCACAAUGUGUGUGUGUAAUUUCAGUUCAAUUCAAAGGGCUUUAUAGGCAUGAAAGUUUCAAGAACAAUGUUGCCCAAACAACAAAAUGAAAUUUGUCCAAGAGGGAGUAGACAAAAGUUCUAUACUCCAGCUUUAAUGUUUGAUUUGUGAUUCUAUCAGGUCAGAGAAAUAUUGUUGUCCAUGUCAGAGCACUACUGCUACUACUGUUUCAAUGUCUUCUGGUUUUCCAAGUCAUGAUAACCACCUUUAUAAACCUGAAGUAUCACAGAUGAGAUAUAAUUUGCAAACAUCACACUGAACUGCUGCCCAUGUAAACAGUGUGAACAAGUAUAUGAAUGUACCAAACUGCAGGAUCUGAUAAAAGUACUAUGUAUGCUGUUUUGGCAGAGGAUCUAUGCACAGUUGCAGACAGAAUACAACACAUUAUGGUUAAGAAAAGCAACGAUCAUGUCUUUCUUGGAGAUGUGGUACAGCACCUGACAUGUUGUUUCUGGGUCACCUGUGCCAUAUGGCAGACAGAACACCACUGUAAAUGUCCCUCGAAACAAAGUGCUUUUAAUACAUGUAGGGUGAGGAAAUAUUGCUUAUUACUUACCAUUUUCAAAUGUUGUAUAAUUUAAUUUCAGCCCAGAUGAGUAACAUCACAACCCCCCUAUAUUUUGGUUUGACGAGUGAGAUUUUAUGUUCUUUAACAGUCCAGGAUUCGGCAUGGAGUCAGCAGAGAAACAAUCAGCUCUCUUUGGAAAAGCUGACAAACCUGAAGCUGUUAGUAACAACUUACAGGCCACAUACUAUCUGUGUUAAAGUUUGAAUUUAAACAGGUUUUACCACAAAGCACACACAAUGAAUACAACAGACAAGCAGGUUUUUAUAACUAUCUUUAUACACGGAAUAAAAACACCUUUUACAAACUGAAAACUUUAAACAGGUUUUUCCUUUUUAGUUGUCAUCUUAAUAUUAAGUUAAACAAACAAAAAAAAAAAAAAAACACCUUUUCUGAAAUGUUAACAAUAAAUAGUCCAAAUAACAAUUUAUGUUACAAAAGCGCAGUGAAUACUGGAAUAGACAUUUGUACAAAUAAAUCCUUCAACAAAAAAAUAACAUGCCAGAUUCAAACACAAACCUGCCGUUUAUUCCUUAUGAAGAACCAUCUUCCUUGUAUCUAGUGUGAGAAGAUGAAGCCUUUUCACAAAUGACUUAACAUCACAAGAGCUUUUACACUGUAGAGUCAAAGCCCUCAAGGUGCUUGAAGUAGACAAACAUUUUUAAUCUCAUUGGUGGAAUGACAACGAGAGUUCUCCUACAAUAUACACUCAGAGAUGAAGUUAAACAUGUUGAUGAGACAAAAUGUGUCACAAUACUGCAUAUUGAGGAUGCUGGUUAAUUGAAAUCGAUCGAAAAUCAGUCUGAACUUCACAUGGUACGUGUGUGUAUUGUGUACAUCGCAAUGGUGAAACUACAUGGGGAAAUUAAGAGAAAGCACUUAAAAGCAUUCAUUAACCUUUAACUCCACCACAUAGAGAGCAGGCUUAUGUUAAAGGGAUGGUGAACAUGUUCAGCCAAUCAAGUGCACAUUAGCCACAGUGUUUUGGCUAGCAUCUGGUAUCAGUACAAUGUUCAAUGGUAAGUUAUGUUUUGAGCACAACCAAUCAGAAGCUUCUACUAGUGAUUUAAGAGUGACACACAAUUUAAAAAUAAGAGUGUCAACUAUGGCUCUUUAGUGUUUGAUUUCAUUAGAAACUUCUGACUGCUUGCUCUUGCAAAGUUGAAGCGGAGUGUAACACUACUGGGAACUUUGAAUGGUACCCAUGGCAUGAAUAAUUUCAGUCUGUCAGUGAAGAUGAGUAUGUGGUUGGUCACAUUAGGCCUGUGGGUUAAAGACUAACUUUGGUAUUUACUCAUAUUUUUUUGCCUAAGAAACAGGUCCAGUAUUGAAUGAGAGGUCUGCAGCAAGCAGCAGCAAAACAGACUGCAAUCUAACCACUUGGGGCAUAUGUACCCUCAAUCAAUCCAUUACAAGUGCUUGUUUUUGCCACUGACAGGCUCAGAUUGUUAUUCUAAGUGUAUGACAACAUUACGAAAAGGAUACUCAUGUAGAAAUACCUUUUCGUUUAACCAAAAACAGCACAGAAAUCAUCAUAGCCAAAACCACAAGACACUAAUUUUAUCAUGGUAAAACACACUUUAUGAAAAGACGACAGAAACAAAAUAAAACUCAAAAAAGCCGUCUUGGUUCGCCUUUCCACUGUUCCAAUAAUCCCUAACUCUGGUUUGGUUGAAAUAAACCCUUAAUUCACCCUAUUACAUGUGAAAACAUGCUGACUUGAUACACACUUAAAAUGACUGUAUGGAGUCUGGUGGGUUUGGCGAUAGAGAUUUCUGGGCUGUUUCUGAUUAAACAAAAUGGAUUUUAGUCUUUAACUAAAAGGUCUACUUCUGUAGAGACUCUUGCCAUAAUGUUCUCAGACACUAAGAAUAAUAAUGUGAGCCUGUUAGUGACAAAAAAUUGAGAGCAUAAUUGCCCCGAGUGGUUACACUGCAGCCCUCUCGCUCAACACUGGACCAAUUUUAAAAAAAAAACUGCCCACCAAGGUACCCUUUAACAGCGCCUGUGUUUAGUCCUUCAUUGAAAACAGCUCAACUUGCCUGUGUUUGAACUACUGAGGACUUCAAGAUACAAGCAAGACUAAAUAUGCAAUGUUAUUUGUCACAGUAGUUGAGUGAAAAUACUCCUAACUAUUGUGACAAGACCCUUUAAAAUAGUUAGGUAGUUAAUUCAAGACCAUUGCAUCAGUAUUAUCAUCUCAACAUAUGUUUAAAGUGAUGAAAACUGCAUUAAGCAACUGGCGAUGGACACUGAACUCCAUCGUGAUUUCAGCAAACACAUUGAGAAUCAUGGCUGCAGAUUAUCAUAGCUGCAGAGCUACUGCCAAAUGAAGAUAAACCAACAAAAGCUGCCAUUUUGCAUGUGACAAUGGACUGUAAGAAAUGACAAACCUGAUUCCAAACAAACAUGGCAGGCUAUGUUCCUAAAAUGCGACCGAUAAAACCUGAACUGAUUCAAGAGCGCGUGAAAUGGAGGGCAGAAUCAAAGGAUUUUACUCCUACCUGCCCUGCUGUGUCUUGCUCUACUUUUACAACUGAGGCCACAAUAGCAACUGAAUAGGAACAAGAAUCUCACCACAUUCAACCUCUUUUCUCACUGUCAUUACUGUCAACAUCACCCUCCAGCAGCCGU